AUGGAAGUGUCCCCCGGCAGAGACGGCUCCGGACCCGUCGUCCGGCUGAGAUUCAACUACCACGCGUCCGACGUCGCGAACGAGUUCGAGGACGCCACGGAGACGUGUUUCGUGCGUCUCGCCGCGCGGUUCGCCGCGGGUGAGAUCGGUCUCGACGCGUACAUGGACGGCGUGCUGGCGCAUCUGAGGAGGGACGGCCCGAGACACAAGUGGGACGUGCCGCUCGAGGACGGGAUCGCGGAUUUCAUGGAGAUGGACGUGUUUGCCGGGGCGGUGAAGAGGUGGGCUCUGCAGCCCGGGUUUGUUCCGCUGGAAGAGGCGGACAUAAACAGGUUCAAAGACAUGGCGAUCCUCGCGUGGACGGUCAGCGACCCCGGCGAAUUCGAUAACCGAUGCCGGCAGACCGGUCUCGAUCCGACGUCCCUCACGCCGGAACUGGCCGACCUGCUCCUUGUGGUAUGCUACUGCAGGCGCCACACGGCGCUCUUCACGCACCUGAUCAAGACCGUCCCGGAUGCCCCUCCGCAGACCACCUUCGACGCGCUGGAGCAGCGGGUGCUGUGGAACACCCGCAUCGACCAAUACACCGUCCUCGCCCAGCACUCCCCCAAAGCCAUCACCAACUCGUCCGACGAGAUUACUCUGUGGACCGAGAUCCUCAACUCGCAUUGGCUGCACGACCCGAUUGAGGGGCCCAAGGCGCAGUUCCUACUCGUAGAGAUCCGCGUCACGCACUGGGAUACCAAGGAAACGGACGCCAGCGCGGCCGCGGGCACGACGAAGCUCAACGCGUAUUUCGCCGCGCUGGCGCGGCGGGGUCUGUGUUACGACCUGCCCUCCGCCGGGGACUUCCUCGGUUCGUGUACGUCGGUGCAGCAGGCGCGGGAGUUCCUGGCGCUGUUCCCGCCGGAGAAGAUGCUGCGCGGCGGCGGCGAGCCGUCGGCGUACGAUUCCGGGUCCGUGAUCGUGGGCAUCGCGGACUCGCGGCAUGCGGAUGGGGAGGCGCGGUUGGGGAUUAUGGAGCUUGUGUUGGAGGGGAUCGGCGGGUUGGAUAUCACGCAAUCGGCCGAGGCUCUAGCCGAGGUCUUCAUGGAUACCAAAUUCUCGUCGCAAGUCGACGGAAUACUCAAACACGCAGCACCCCGAGCUCAAGCAAAAAGAUGGGCUAGGAACCUCCGCUUCCUGACGUUCGACGAUGGUAAAAGCACCAACACCCCUUCGGCGAGGCCGGUAUCUGGCCAAUGUCGACGCUGUGCUGAACGAGUUCCGGUACCGUCGGGCCACAUCUGUGCGGCUCACGCCAACGUCGUCCUCACGCCGGAGAAGCUCCAGGAUGGGGAGCGCAAGCUGGAGAGCUACAGGAAUCCCUGCGUCCACGUCGAAGAUCUGACGCGCGAUGAGGGCUCCGAGGGCGACUAUUGA